GCCACGUCAAUAUGACAACGAGAUUUGUUUGACCCUUUGGUACACGCCUUUCAAGAGGUAGCACUAGGAGUCACCGUUCAAGCAGUUAUGUCUAUUAGGGGCUUAUAAGUCUAUUAGGAGGUAUCUUCAAAGCAGAAGACCGCUGGACAGGGGAGUUUUGCAAAAAAAAAAAAACCCGAAGCUCCGGUGAUCGCCUGGCGAUCUGGCGGCGACGGAGAUAGAGAAAGGGGAGUGAUGGAGAAGGGGAAUCCGGCGGAGGCCCCGGCGGCUCGUGACCCCAACGGGAAGGGGCGGGCAACAACGGCGUCCCAGGCGGAGACCACGGAGCCUCGCGUUCCCAGUAGGGCGGGGGAUUCCGUCGGGGGCCCGCUGGAUUGGGAAGAAAUCAAGGCCACAUCAAGGCGGAUUCUCCGGCGAUCUCCAAACCGGAAUAGGUGCUGGAAGUGGAUGAAGAGGAGGGCAGAGGAGAUGAUGCGCACGAAUCUAGCGAGGAUCCCUACUGAUCUGGCGGGGAGUGGGAAGGCCGGCGGCUACAACGACAACAAAUUGGAGACAUACCUCUUCGCAUAUAUGGAAACGUUGCAGCAAGUGGAUUCCAUGAAUGUCUUUGAUGAGGAACAAAUGUUGUCAUUUAGUGCUUCAAGUAACAACUAAACGUGUGCAUUGAGCAUAUAUAAGGAAACGAGGCUAUAGGUAUAAUCUAAAAAAAGCAUAAAUGAUGACUACCCAUUAACAAACAUUACUAUAUGCUCUUUAUUUCUUCUUCCUGGAAUCAAGGUCAGUCAAAUAUGUUCAUGUUACUGGUCAAACGAAAAGAUGUUCAUGUUCAUCUCCAUGGAAUGGAAUGAUGGUAGUGCUGCUCCAUUCAUUAACUAUAGCCCCCAAUAGCUAAUCCAUCUAGAUGGUUUUACGUUUCCUUUUUAAAUAAUAUACAAAUAGCUCCCAGUAAGACAAGUGAUUUAUGCCUUUUUAUAUGACAAUGCUGCAACUUCAAUUCUACUUGCUAAUAUCUAGGAACCACUUAACCUGCUUCAAGUUGAUGUUCAAUAAACAUGUGCAUUUACAUGUUGUAAAAUCAUAAAACUCAUAUUUUUUCUCUAUCCUCUGAAAUCUUGCGUAAAUUGGUUGUAGGUUGUUGACUCAUCAUUGCAAGCAGUUAGUGAUGAUAUAUAAAUACUAAAAUAAAAUAAUUCAAAGGUGUACCCUGAAACUCGUGCAUUAAAUUUUCAAUGUUUUUGAUUGAAAUUUGCUGAGAAUUUAGUCAAAUGUUGUGGGUGUGGAAGGGCGGCUGUUUCAAACACAUAUUAAAUGGCUUAGAGCACAUUUGAUCAUCUUUAUUGUUUUUAACACUUAGUAAUGAGCUCAUAGAUGACAGAAGCAGAAAAAUACGUUGCCAAAUAUCAUUGGACUGCAUACUGACAUGGUAGAAUCAGUAGUCUAUCUCACUUGUUCUUGUCAGAACCUGCAUAAGAUUUUGUAUGUGAUGCUCUUCUUUAUUCAAUCAACUGAAAGAAGAGCAUCGAUAAUAGAUCACCACCAGGUUAUCACCAACCAGCAAAAAAGGUAUAUGAAGCUCUAUUCGACAAACGAUAGUUGCUCAUUCUUUGCCAAGAGCAAAUCUGAAGUUGCAUAUGAACUUCUUAAACUAAGCAUUCAACAAAUAGAUCAACAUAUUCCAUGUUUAGUGUACAACUCACAAAUAGACAUUUGCUGUGAGAAAAAUAUUAAUUGUUCCUAAAAUGUCGAGACAAGUUUUUAUUUUAUAAUUUGAUGCUCUUGUUGUUAUCCCGCCCUCAUAGGAUUUUAGAGUUUGAUGGAAUAUAGUCAUAUUUUCUUACAAUUACAAGUUCUUCUAUAAUUGGAUGAGAAGAUACCAUCUAGCAUGUCAAUUAAGAAUUACACAUAUUUAUACCUCGAACAGGGAAGCAUGUAUUUGAUCUUUGCUGCUGAGAUUCAGUUUUUCCUAUCGGAGGUCAGACUUCAUUGCUUGGAGUUUUACAAAGAACGGAUGUUUCACAGUUCGCUCGACUUAUUUGGAGGAAUGGAACAAACAAUAUGGGAGAAAAUUGUAAUACAGAAAUGGCAUGGGUAGAACAAAUGUCAAUACGAUAUGGUCUAAGAUUUGGAAGUUAUCUUGUCCAGCAAAGGUGAAGAUUUUUAUUUGGCCCACUUUACACGGAACCCUUCCGUGUCAUGUUACAUUUGCAAAUAGACAUAUGAAGGUUUCGCCCA